AUGCCGCUUAGCAACUGUGCUUCGCUUCCAGGCCCACGUGUGGUGGCGCUGGGCAGGCAGUCGCCGGGUCCGAGCAGUACACGGCGCUUCUGCUGCGACCUCUGCCAGUACUCGACCGCGUUCCGCCGCAACCUGACCGUACAUCGGCGCACCCACACCGGGGAGAAGCCGUACACAUGCCGGUGCUGUGCCCGCCGCUUCACGCACAAGAGCGGCCUCAACCGCCACAUGCGCACCCACGGUGACCAGCCCCGGCACGAGUGCCCGCACUGCGCCAAGUCCUUUGCCCAGGGCAAGCACCUGGCGGCUCACCUGCGCUGCACCCACGGCGUGUCAGCAGCCGCCGCAGAGGCCAGCGUGGCCGUGGCCGAGCUGGAGCGGGACCAGCCCAUGAGUUGCCCGCUGUGCCAGCUCACGUUCGCCGGCAAGAAGGCACUCAUGCAGCACCUGCAGCGUCAUGUCUCCAGCGACGGCCAUGUGCUCUAUCCCUGCACCAGCUGUGAGCGGGUGUUCACUGAGUCGUCGAGCCUGGAACAGCACGUGGGUGAGGAGCACCCGUCGGAAGACGCUCCCUCUUUGCCGGCCAGUGAGGAAGAGGACGACGACAAUGAGGAAGGGAACAGUCUCCUAGGACUGGCUUGAAAGUCCUACGGCAGCUUCGUUGGCCUUUGCUGUAAUGCUGAAGGGACCUGCUGCCUCGUUGCAGUCAUCUAGAAAACAUAAUUGUCAGCUGACAGCUGCGUACACCUGCUGGCUUAGGCAAACCACAGGCCUUUCCUGAUGUCCCCGUGUGCCAUGUGUUGGGAACCAACGCUCUACUGGGGCACUAGUGCGUCUCCAUGUGCCAUGACACACUUUCCAUAUGCGUAACCGUGCGAGUUCCUGCACACUGGACAACGUAGUUUGAAGAGAGGCAUCGUGCCUCUGCAAGUUUUGAAGAUUUCCGCUUGUGAGCGCUUCCGAUGCCAGUUCACAGGAACUUUGUGAUGUCAUCCGUUCUUUGUGUUCUGCAUAAGCGAUAUGGAAGUGUGCGAUGACUUGCACUGCCCUCGGGGAGUUGACGGCCCUGUUUGUGGGCACAUUCUCUGCAGCUGUUGCCUGCUUUUGAGUGCGCAGUGCUUGUUAGCGUCUUGCGAGUGCUGCCUGUGUCCGCAGUCGCUAAAGGCUCAAGAUGGGUUGAGCAAUGUGGACCACCUCAUUCAGCAGUCUAUUUCGAGGGUCUGGCAAUGGUGGUUUGUGCGCUAAAGGAAGGAGACAAAGACAAGAACAGAACAUGCUCGUCAACUGCCAGGUGAAGAGCUUAUUCAAGCACUCCCUGCAAUGGCUCAGUGGCUUUUGUGUUGUGUUGUUAAGUGAAAGAUUGUUGCUUCAACCAUGCCCACAUUGCAACAGUGGCAUAAUUAAAAGGUGUGCAUGUUGAAAACUACACGGCCUCAAAAUUUCAGUACACUUCAGUGCCGCAUGAAUUGGCCUUUCUGGCUGCCGUUUAUAAAGCGUGCAUGUCAGCUGAAAUAAGCAGUCUCAGACAGACGCUAUGUUUGAAUAAUGGUUUCAUUCUGGGCAGCACUCCUUGACACAGUGUCCUAUGCCAUAAAGUGAACUAGUGUUGCAUUCACUGUUGCCUGAGCCAUCCUGAGUCUGCAGGUCAUGUCUGCUUUGUGCGUCAGAUUACGCAACUAUUAAAUAUUUAGAACAGGCAACAUGGCAAAGCUAGACAGAAGCCAGAGCGUCGUAAACCAGUGAGUCCCAGCUGGCAACACCACACACUGAAUGUGUGCAAAACAAUAUACAUAUGGCACAUCUCAUGCUUAUGUUUCAGAGUGCCUUGUCAUUGUGUUAUCUUUAACAAGUCACAGCAGUGUGCAAUUCCAUGGGCCAUGAAAGUUGGCUGACAUGCACACUGGUGUAUCCAUGGAUGUGUCGGAAAUAGCAAGAAGCCUUCCUCUUCUUGCUUCAGUAUUGAAAGAUGACGAAAUGGAACUGUGGGCAUUGCUCACGCAGUGGCUAGGCACCAAGUCAGCAGAUGAGUAUCUGCAAUGUUGCACUGCAUGAGUACGGCCCUGUUUUAAUUGUGAGAUGUUAGUCAUUAGUGUUCUUGCACGCGUGGCGCGCAGUGCUGAGGGCCAUUGCCUUGAAUAUUCUUCUCCUGAAUAAUGAAAUUUGUUUGUGCGGUGGUUCUGCUUGUUCACCAACCUCUCUUGAUAGUCUAAAUUAGUUUGACCCCUAAUGCAUUAGGACACUACAAGAAUAAGCUCUGCAAAGUGGAGUUUGCAGCAUUGUUUGCUUCAAAUAUGAUGGCUGUUAUUUCACCUGCUGUUUGAAGUUGUCCAUGAAGUUAGCAGCAGUCAACAUACGAAACUGCAGUACAUGGUGCCAGUGGUUAAGUCAGACUACAUGAAAGCAAUAUGGAAUGUUUUGCAUGUAAAGUAAGACCACAGGUACUUGUGAAUUGAAUGCUGCAGCCAUAAGCGUAGGUGCUGACAUCCCAUGGACUCAUUGUCAUUUCGUCAGGUGCUCUCGCAUCUGGUGGACACUGUAGUGUUUCCUUGCCAUGCUUGUUUAUACUUGGUUAUAGAGAAGAAUUUAAUUUUUACUUAUUAAUGUCCUUCUGUUUCUUUUCUGGAAGUGCUACAUUGCAAAUCAGCAGUGUGUUUUCUUAUGCUAUCGAAUCAACAUGAAGAUGCAAAACAGUGCUUGUCAGACUGAUGCCACACACUUUGCAUGAAAGCUUGUCAGAGGCAUUUACAUGGGCUAGUCAUUCCACUCUUGUGAGCUCCUCGUGUGACGUGUUUGUGUGCUCAUGUGGCAUUGAUGUACAUACGAAAUUUCUGUUAUGGCAUGCAAAGCUCAAGGCAAUUGUGUUUCACUGCAAAAAAUUUAGGCAUUUACAUGAGAAUGUCCCGUCAUGCAUGAUUUAGACUCUGCUUUGGGCUUAUAGCAUGGUCACUGUGCUUACGACUUUGCCUUGCGCUGUGUUAUGGAAAGUGACAAGAUUCUAGUCACUAUCAGUGACACUGCUUAUGUUUAGAAUCAGCAGAAGCUUGGUGUGGGCGAGAAUGUUUACAUUUAUUUCUAGUCUGUCAUAGACUCAAUGGCAUUGUCUUCUAAACACUAGAGAGCAGCCUUCUCACCUUGUGUACCUGACCAGCAAGUUGUCUCUGGUGCACUGUUUUCUCCUUUUUUCCUUUGACUUCACAAGAAGCACUUAGAAACUGUAAUUACUGCAUAUGUGUAUGAGGGUGCAUGUGUUGUUCUUGUAUAUGUGUGUGCAGUGUCCAUGCAAUGCAGAAAGCAGUUUUGCAGCGCAGUUCCGAGUUCCUAAAUAUCUGGUCGUCACAGCAACGCUGAUGAAAAAAAGCUUGCCUGCCCUCAGUGGGCAUAAUUGUUGCAGGUGUAAUUUUCAUGGUGUUGUCUAUUCAAGAGUAAUGCAGAACUGUAGUUAAAGUGAAGUGUACAUGCUUUUCUUUUUAGCUUAACAAGGUGUAAGAUGUAUUUUAUAGCUAGCACAUACGUAGCAAGUUUGAGUCAUGUCUAUUACAUGCAGUGGAUCUUUCUUUUGGGAAGUAAAUGGCGAUGAUGCCUCUAAGAUGUGUGUUUUUGUUUUCUUACCUUUGUAAGAGAUUGUCCACAAAUGCACAAACAACCAUUGUUCAGUAUGAUAAAUAUUUGUGUUCCAUGGAUAUGCAUCAAUAUGUUGCACCACAGAUUUAUGGAGCAUGUGCUGUGCGUUAACCUUUCGUUAUUCUGCCUUUUGUGUGAAUACAUUACACCAAAUGUGAAAUAAAGCGCAAGCAUUGACAAAGUGA